AUGGCCUGCGGCGAGGUCAGCCGCGGCGCCCUGGAAUCUUUCAAGGAUUUGGUGUCAGACCUAUAUUUUCCGGUGCUGAGGUCCAACGCGCAGUGGGGAAAGGUGCACGAGGACCAGGUGAAGGGGUUCCUCAACCUGGGCACCAAGUUUGUGAACCUACUGUCCGAGGCAGCCAACAGCCUGGUGGGCGGCAUUGAGCUGCAGCAGCCGGACGAGAGCUACCUGCAGAAGUAUGGCCUAAAUCCUGGCUCGUUCACGGCGGCGGCGGCUGAGAACGGUGCGUCCAAGGAUCUGGAUGCUUGCCUGCAGAGCUGGUGCCACACGGUGGAGGGCCUGCUGCAAGAGACGAGCAAAAGGCAGGAGGAGCAGGACGCGGGCCCAGACUCCGAGCUGGUGUUCUGGAGGUCGCGCAUGGCGAAGUUCAACGCCGUCACCGAGCAGCUGAAGACCAAGAAGAGCAGGCUGGUGCUGGGCGUGGGGAGCUCGAGCAGGUCGUCGGCUUACAAGAAGUGGAGGGCCUUGGACGUGAAGAUAACCGAUGGGGCCAAUGAAUCCAAGGACAACGUUAAGUACCUGACGACUUUGGAGAAGAGCUUGGAGCCCAUGUACACAGGUUCCCCUCAGGACAUCAUAGAUUGUCUGCCAACACUCAUGAACAACUUCAAGAUGGUGUACACGAUAGCGAGGUAUUACAGCACUCCUGAGCGCAUGACGACUCUUUUCAAAAAGAUGACAAACCAAAUGAUUAAAAACUGUAAACAGCACAUAAUGCUACACGGAAAACUGUGGGACCAGGACAAGCCGACGCUCAUUGCGAACAUGCAGAUAGCCAUUCGAUUGAACAAGGUCUAUCAGGAGCAGUACCAACUGACUCGAGACAGGCUUUCGGCUCAACCGAAGGCCAAACAAUUCGAAUUCGACGAGAGGGCAAUCUUCUUCAAGUUUAACUUGUUUGCGAAACGGCUGGAUAAACUCACGAACAUGUUCACGACGAUACACCAAUUCUCUUCGCUGGCUCACCACACCCACAUAGACGGCCUGGGCACGAUGAUGAAGAAUUUCUACAACAUUGUGGACGACGUGAAAAGGAAGCCGUAUGACCUUUUGGACUACAGCAAGAAUCAGUUUGACAGGGAUUAUCUGGAAUUCAAUGUGAACAUACAUGACUUGGAGAUGGCUCUCCAGGGGUUCAUCAACUCUUCUUUUGAGAACAUCACCUCCACGGAUCACGCAUUGAACCUGCUGCGCCAGUUCCAAUCCAUCCUCCAGAGGGAAAGCCUCAAGGCGGACCUCAACGCCAAGUACAUGGUCAUCUUUCAGAAUUACGGCCUUGACGUCGAUGCGGUGCAGAAGAUCUAUGAGACGCACAAAUCCAACCCGCCAGUCGUCAGAAAUGCGCCUCCCGUAGCGGGCAACAUCAUGUGGGCGCGGCAGCUCUUCCAGAGGAUCGAGAGGCCAAUGAAAAACUUUGCCGACAACAAAAUAAUUAUGUCCACCAAAGAGUCCAAGAGAAUUGUAAAGACGUACAAUAAGGUUGCCAGGGCUUUGGUGGAGUUCGAGACUUUGUGGCACCAGGCAUGGAUGAAGUACAUAGACCAAUCUAAGGCUGGGCUCCAGAGCACCCUGCUCAUUCGCCACCCCGACACGGGCGCUCUUCUUGUGAAUUUCGACAAAGGUAUCAUGCAGCUGAUCAAGGAGACGAAGUACCUUCAGGGUAUGGGCAUAUAUGUACCGGAGAGCGCCAGGGUUGUGUUGGUACAGGAGCGAAAGUUCAAGUAUUACUACAACAACCUCAUGCACUCGAUCAAAGAACACGAGAGAGUCAUGUCACAGAUCCAACCAGUUGUGAAGCCCCUCCUGAAGCCGCAUCUGGAUGACCUCGAGCGAAAGCUGUCUCCUGGAAUGUACAGUUUGACUUGGACUUCCAUGAAUAUAGACGGCUACUUGCACAGAGUGCACCAGGGGCUCGCGCGUCUGGAAGAACUUGUCAGGAAGAUCAACGAUCUGGUGCAAAACAGGGUAGAGGCCAAUUUGAAGGCAAUAAGCAAGACGGUUAUGGUGGACCUACCCAGCGAAAGGUCUUUCACGUAUGAAGAUUUCAUAAACACCCAAGGCAAGUUCAUAAAAAAGCAAGGCGAAAUGCUGGGAGUCAGGAACCGUGAAGUAUGCAGAUCCACGGAAGACGUCAUCCAGCUGAUUCGAACUUACCCCAGGGAGAACACUGACGUCACUCUCAAGGAGGAGGACUGCCGCAUGUUCCGGCGGCACUACAGCAACCUGAUGUACAGGGCGGUCCUGUCCGCCACCAAACACAGCUUCAAUGCCAUGAAGAAGCGUCUCGCUUCCAAGCGCUCGACCGGGAUAUUCUUCAUGGAGCGGCCGUUUUUCGACGUGGACGUUGAACUGAAGGUUCCAAAUGUGGCUAUGAACCCCAGCCUGGAAGAAAUACAGUGCGCCAUCAACACCACGGCGAAGGCAAUUCUGGGGUGCUCCCAAAAGAUCAACGCAUGGGGAAUGGAGGGGGGAGACGGGGGGACCUACUACGACAUGAUUGCGAAAGACAAGCAAGUCGUAAAAGUGGUUCUUCUGCUCACCGGGAGCGUGGAGGGCACAAAGCAGCAGGUCAUGCAGUACAUAUCCACGUUCGAUGUGUACUCAUUCCUGUGGCGCCAGAGCCUCCAGGAGGCGUACGAGAACUUCAUGACCACCAACCCCUCCCUGGAGGCGUUCGAGGCGGAGCUGAAGAAGUACAUGGCCAUAGAGACGGACGUCGCCAACAUACCAUCCAUCCACAACAUAGGGUCGCUCAGCCUGGAGACCCAGCCGCUGAAAUAUUCCCUCAAGGCGGAGGCUGCUUCCUGGAAGGCUCAGUUCGCGAAGAAUUUGCACAAGCAGGGAUCAGAGGAGCUCAAGUCUCUGGACAACUACAUUAGGGAGACGACCCUGAAACUCAGCAGGAAGGUGGAGGACUUGGAGGACGUUCGGAACGUCGUGGGUGUUCUUAAGGAGGUCAGGGAGAAGGAAGCGGACAUAGACAACUUGAUAAACCCCAUAGAGGAGAUGUAUGCCCUGCUCCUGAGGUACGAGGUGCGAGUGCCCAAGGAGGAAACCGACAUGGUUGGAGACCUACGGUACAGCUGGAAAAAGCUCAGAAAGCUGGCCACCGACGUCUCCGACUCGUUGGCGAGGCUGCAGGUCGGCUUCAAGCGCGAGCUGAUCAAGGAGGUCAAGGCGUUCGUGGUGGACGCGGCCAACUUUAGGAGCGACUGGGAGGAGAACGGCCCCAUGGUGGCGGGCCUGGACCCCAUGGAUGCCGUGGACAGGCUCAAGAAGUUCCAGCAGAUGUUCGAGGUGCGCAAGCGCAAGUGGGAGAACUACUCCAGCGGCGAGGAGCUCUUUGGCCUGAGCGUGACGCAGUACCCCGAGCUGGAGACGACCGAGAAGGAGAUCCAGAUGCUGGACAGGCUGUACAGCCUGUACGUCAACGUCAUCAGCACCAUCAAGGGGUACGGCGACUUCUUCUGGGUGGAUGUGGUGGAGCAGAUCGACGUCUGGGCGGAGCAGGUUAACGGAUACCAGGCCCAGGCCAAGAAGCUUCCAAAGGCGCUUCGGGAGUGGCAGGCGUACAAAGACUGCAGGAAGACCAUAGACGACUUCCUGGAAAUGUUGCCCCUUUUCCAGUCGCUGGCGCACAAGUCGAUGAGGGAGCGCCACUGGACGGACAUCAUGAAAAUCACAGGCAAGGAGCUGAACCUCGCCGAGGACGUUUUCAAGCUGCAGCACAUACUGGACUGCAACAUCCUCGAUUUUAGGGACGACGUUGAGGAGCUGGCGAGCGCCGCUGUGAAGGAGGAGCAGAUAGAAGUUAAGCUUAAGGUGGUGGACGGCGAAUGGGAGGACUUGAACCUUUCCUUCGCCGAGUACAAGACGCGGGGGCCCGUCAUUCUCAAGGGCUCGGACACAGCGGAGCUUGUCGAGAAGCUGGAGGAUUCUCAGAUGACGCUGGGUUCCAUGGCCACAAACAGGUACAGCGCCCCAUUCAGGGAAGAAGUCCAUGAGUGGAUUGUGAAACUGUCGACGGUCUCUGAGAUAGUAGAGCAGUGGCUGAUGGUCCAAAGCAUGUGGAUGUACAUGGAGGCGGUGUUCUCGGGAGGAGACAUUGUGAAGCAGCUCCCCCAGGAAGCAAAGAGGUUUCAGAACAUCGACAAGAACUACAUGAAGAUUGUCACCAGCGCUCUGGAGACGAUGAAUGUGGUCAAGACAUGCUACGGGAACGAGCUCAUGAAGAGCAUGCUGCCCCACCUGCUGGAGCAGCUGGAACUGUGCCAGAAGUCCCUCUCCGCCUACCUGGAAACCAAAAGGGCGGAAUUUCCGCGCUUCUACUUUGUCUCCGAUCCCACCCUGUUGGAAAUCCUGUCUCUGGGGUCCGACCCGCCUUCCGUGGUGCCUCACUUCCAGUCCGGGCUUUUUGACUCCCUCACGAACGUGACCUUCGAUUCAGUGGACAAAAGCAAGAUGCUGGAGAUGUUUUCCCAGCAAGGGGAAUGCGUGGAGUUCGAGCACGCGGUGGAGGCGAAGGGCAACAUCGAGGUGUGGCUGCAGAGGCUGGUUGACGGCAUGCAGGAAACGGUGAAGUGCAUCACCAAGAGGGCGUACAAGAAUGUUCAGGAAAUGGAACUGGAAGACUUCAUAUUCAGCCACCCUGCUCAGAUCUCCCUCCUGGGGAUCCAGUUUCAAUGGACCGCAGACACGCAGGACGCCCUGGCCAGGGCCAAAUCGGACAAGACGAUAAUGAACAAGAACAUGAAGAAGACGGACGCCAUCUUGCGCGACAUGGUGAACAUCACGGUGAAGACCGACCUGACGAAAAUUCAAAGGACCAACCUGGAGACCUGCGUGACCGUCCACAUGCAUCAGAAAGAGUCCACGGAGGACCUCGUCAAGAAGAAGGUGAAAGAUCCCACGGACUUCGAGUGGCUGAAGCAGUGUCGGUUCUACUGGCGGGAGGACAAGGACACCGUCAUAAUCUCCAUAUGCGACGUGGACUUCGAAUAUUCAUUUGAGUACCUGGGGGUCAAGGAGCGACUGGUCAUCACUCCUCUCACCGACAUUUGCUACAUUACCCUGUCUCAGGCGUUGGGGAUGUUCCUUGGCGGCGCCCCCGCUGGUCCAGCCGGAACCGGAAAGACCGAAACCACCAAAGAUCUGGGCAACACUCUGGGCAAAUACGUCGUCGUGUUCAACUGUUCAGACCAGAUGGAUUACAAGGGCAUGGGAAAGAUUUACAAGGGACUGGCCCAGUCCGGUCUCUGGGGAUGCUUCGACGAGUUCAACCGAAUCAACCUGGAUGUGCUCAGCGUGUGCGCUCAGCAGGUGUACUGCGUGCUGUCAGCCAUCAGGGAGAGAAAAAAGACGUUCCUGUUCACUGACGGCACCACAGUGUCCCUGGACCCGCGGGUGGGAUUCUUCAUCACCAUGAAUCCCGGCUACGCCGGGAGGCAGGAGCUGCCCGAGAACCUGAAGGCGUUGUUCCGAGGCGUCACCAUGAUGGUCCCUAAUCGGCAGAUCAUCAUGAAGGUGAAACUCGCUGCCUGCGGGUAUCAAGAAAACGACGCCCUCUCCAAGAAGUUUUUCGUGCUGUACGGUCUCUGCGAGCAGCAGCUGUCCAAGCAAGCGCAUUACGACUUCGGCUUGCGCAACAUUCUGUCGGUGUUGCGAACGGCCGGGGCGUCGAAGCGAGCCUGCCCUGGAAAUUCGGAAGUGUUUCUCAUGAUGAGGACGCUGAGGGACAUGAACAUGUCCAAGUUCGUUGCGGAGGAUGUCCCAUUGUUCCUGUCGCUUAUCGACGACCUCUUCCCAGGCCUGAAAGCCGACAGAGCUCAAUUUCCGGAGAUCGAGGGCGCCCUGAGGAACAUCGUCGACAGCAAGGGUCUCCAGCAGCACCCCACGUGGAUGAACAAGUGCAUACAGCUGUACGAGACGUAUCUCGUGCGCCACGGAAUCAUGCUCGUGGGACCCGCGGGCGCGGGCAAGAGCUCCAUUGUGGAGUGCCUGGCGGGCGCCCUCACCGAGCUUGGCCAAAAGCACGUCAUCUGGCGGAUGAACCCGAAGGCCAUCACCGCGCCGCAGAUGUUUGGAAGAAUGGACGCAACGACAGGCGACUGGACGGACGGGAUUUUCGCGGUCCUGUGGCGCAGAGCGGCCAAGGCCAAAAACCAGAACACGCUGAUUAUUCUGGACGGGCCGGUGGACGCCAUUUGGAUCGAGAAUCUCAACACGGUGCUGGACGACAACAAAGUCCUGACCCUUGCCAACGGUGACCGAAUAUUGAUGACGCCUUCCAUGAAGGCAAUGUUUGAGCCGGAGAACUUGAACAACGCGUCGCCGGCAACCGUGUCGAGGGCGGGAAUCAUAUAUGUGUCGGACUGUGAGCUGGGGUGGAAGCCCGUCGUGAAAUCGUGGCUGCAGAGGCGCCGGGAUCAGGAGUCUGCCAUUCUGCAGCCUCUGUUCGAUAAGUACGUGGAUCACAUGCUCGACUUCGUGAGACUGAACCUGAAGAACGUGCUGUUCAACGAGGAGGUGUGCCAAGUGAGCACGCUGACCACCCUCCUGGACAGCAUGCUGCAGCACUGCGUGAACACCAACGAGAUCCUCUCCCCCGACAAGUACGAGAAGGUGUUUUUGUUCUGCCUGGUCUGGUCGCUUGGCGGCCUUCUGGACAACAAGGACCGUCCUCAGUUCAGCCAGGAAGUGGCGUCCAUUGGGUCCAAUCUCCCGGAAAUGGACGAGGAGUCUCUGAUAUACGAGUACAAAGUGGACGACGCCAUGACAGAAUGGCAACACUGGAGAGAGUGCGUCCCUGUUUGGGAGUACCCGAAAGGGGUAGAGAAGCCCAAGUUCGCUCAGUUGGUCAUCCCAACAUUGGAUUCGGUUCGGUACGAGAAGCUGCUGCAAUUGUCCUACAACGUGGACUCCGCGACGCUGCUGGUGGGAGGUCCCGGAACCGCCAAGACGAGCACCAUAAAUCAAUUCAUGUCCAAGUUUAGCCCAGAAGAGACGAGCUCAAAGACGAUAACGUUCUCCUCCCUCACCACGCCACAGAUUUUCCAGAUGUCCAUUGAGGGCGCCGUUGAGAAGCGCCAAGGCAGGACAUAUGGGCCACCGGGAGGCAAGUCCAUGUGCGUCUUCAUCGACGACAUUUCCAUGCCGUACAUCAAUGAGUGGGGGGACCAGGUAACCAACGAAAUCGUGAGGCAGCUCCUAGAGCAGCACGGCAUGUACAGCCUUGAGAAGCCCAUUGGCGACAUGAAGUUUCUGGUGGACACAAGAUUCGUGGCGGCCAUGAACCAGCCAGGCGGUGGGAAAAACGACAUUCCAAACCGGCUGAAGCGCCGCUUCGUCAUAUUUAACGUGCCCCUGCCAUCUGUCGCCGCGAUCAACAACAUAUUUGGGACACUGGUCGAGGGGCGGUUUGACCCCAGCGCCUUCACUGAUGACGUCAUCCAGGUGGCGCAAAAGUUGGUGCCCAUGACAGUGACUCUGUGGAACAAAGUCCAGACCAAGAUGCUGCCAACUCCCGCUAAGUUCCACUAUCUUUUCAACAUGCGCGAGCUUUCUAAGGUCUUUCAAGGCGUCAUUCUGGCAUCAAGGGACAGGUGA